CUCCCAUUGGUCGAUGUGCGAUUAAAGGGAGGUUAGCUGGCUAAGGAGAUAAACAUGACGUUGAAGCUUCUUCCUCGAAGAGCCAUGUUCAUAAGUACUUGAAAGAAAAGUAAAAGUGGGCGAGUUUGAAAAGCAGCAAUGGUGGAAGUGUUCGCCGGCCGGCCUCUGCUCAACAAAGACGGCGAUUUCGUGGAGCCCGAGGAAGCGCUGAGGAACAAGGUGGUGGGCAUAUACUUCUCGGCCGGAUGGUGUCCGCCGUGCCGCGACUUCACUCCGGUGUUGUGCGACUUCUACACGGAGCUGGUGGAGGAGGGCGACCCCCCCGCGCAGUUCGAAGUGGUCUUCGUGUCGUCGGACAAGUCCACUGAGGACAUGGUGGAGUACUACCACGACAUGCACGGCGACUGGCUGGCACUGCCCUGGACGGACGAUUACAAGCACGAGUUGCAAAAGCGCUACAGUAUCACGGCUGUGCCCAAGCUUGUGAUUGUGAAGGAGAACGGUGACAUGAUCACGGACAAAGGCCGCAAGCAGAUCCGAGACAGAGGCCUGGCCUGCUUCAGGACCUGGCUGGAUGCUGCCGAGAUCUUCCAGAACUUUAAAGGCUAGAACGAUAUUUCGCAACAUAUACUGAGCCAAUGCACAUAUUUGACAUUCUAAUAUUGGUAUAAAAAAAGCCCAAAGCAUCGAAAAUAUUUGCUUGGUUGUCUAAUCCUAUGCAUUUUGAGAGGAAGCUCAGGCACUUUUUUUCCUAAUACUUAUCAUUUUUGACUUGUAAUUACACAUCUAGUAUACUGGCUACAUUUUGUAAUGUUUUUAUGUGUUUAAUAAAAUAAUAUUCUCAGA